AUGCCUCCAUGGCCCUUGACUGCGUCUUGUCAAAAAAGGGUCUAUCACCGCGUUUUGGAGAUGAGAGACGGCCUGGAUUGGCAACCACAUUACGUUGCAGAAAUUAAACAAGAGGAAAAAGUUAUAAUAAUGAGACAGUGGGAAAUAUCUGCUAGACGUCAAGGAGCACCGGGAGAACUAACCAGGAUGGCCUUGAGACCGGUUCUGAAUCAAUGGUGUCAGAGGAAGUUUGGAUGUGUGGAUUUUCAUCUCACGCAGAUAUUGUCGGGACAUGGCUGUUUCGGCCAUUAUCUCCAUAGAAUGCAAAAACGAUGGUCACCGAUGUGUCAGCAGUGUGCCAGUCGUGAUGAUACGUGUGAGCAUACAUUGAUCUUCUGUAGUGAGUGGUUUAUAGAACGUCGUAGACUGGUGAGUGCUUUGGACAUUGACAGUGAUUUAUUAAAUUUAAUGAACAUUAUUAAAGAGAUAGUUGUGUCUGAGGACAAGUGGACUGCCUUUAGUGUUUUUGUUCACACUAUUAUGAGUGGUAAGGAGGAGGAUGAGAGGAGUUUGCAGGCUGCUCUCCCCUCACCCACCUCUGAUUAG